GAUUUGCAAAUAUACGUUGGUAUUUUGUUUAGCACUUCUUGGUGCCGUCAUUACAAAAGAUCAAAUUGAUUUCAAUAACUGUGUAUUUGAUGUUUUAUCUGUCGGUAAUUUGAACAACUAUGUGGAGUGUAAAUUGAAACAUGAUUUUGGUUUCAGUAAAUUAAAGCCAGCUCUAAUUCGUCUUCAAAAAGUCUACAAGGAACCAAACAGAAAUACCGAGUUGCCACAGUGUAGCAACGUCGGUUUUACGCUCAUGGACUCUGCUGAAGAUGCAAUAUUUAAGUGGUUGUAUUGCACUUCCCAACGGCUUGGGAAGGGUCUUUCACAAUUUAUUUCAUCAAUGAUAACUGUUUGUUCUGAACAAGUCUUCGGGUUUGAGACAUCCGAAUUCUUUCAACAUCCUCCCAGUUCCACACCAAAUGAUGGAAGCUCAAAAUUGGAAAACAGAGUGGAAUUGAAAUGUCCGGACCUAAGGUGUCCGGACCUAAGGUGUCCAGACUUAAAGUGUGGAGACAUUAAAUGUCCAGAACCAGUUCAAUGCCCGGAGUGCAGUCCGAAAAUGAGCUGCGCGCCUUGCAACGUGACCCUGAUUUGCCCAAAGUGCCUAACUUACGCAAAUCCCCAACCAGUAUACCCCUAGGGGGGAAGAACUGUGAAAAAUACCAUGAUUAUUUUGAAUAGCCGUGAAUGAACAUACGAUAUUUACAUGCGUAUUUGCCAAAUAAUAUUUGUACAUUUGAUGCCUACAGAUGGCGCUCGUGUUGCUGUCAGUAUUCAACGUAUUUGCAAAUAUGCUUGUGAAUACGCUUGUGAAUACGCUUGCAAAUGAAAUGCAAAUAUUGAAAAUGCCGGUGAAUAUUCAUAGUUCUUUCCCCCUAGGUAUACCCUAUUGACCAAUAAAUCUGAUUAUCUGAAGUGAAGCAACACCACACUUUUAACUUCUCAAUAUGCUGUAAUGUAAAGUUAAAUAUACGCAAGUGACCGUUUAACUGAUAGAAUAAAAUGUAAACACAGAUAUGUAUGCAUAAAUCUGAAACAUAUCAAUAGUUGAAUAAACCUUACUUGAGCAGUCAUCAUUUUGACACCAACCGAAGCUUUCUGGUGUUUCAAUAAGACAAGCGAUCUAAUGAAUAUAUAUUUCACAAUGGCGACUGGAGUAUGUCAACGGAUUGAUUUUAGAUGUUGACGUUAGUUUCGAAGUUUCAAAUUUCAAAUGGAUAUUGUGGUUUUCUGUAAAAUGUGUGUUAAUUUGGUCCAAAAAAUGGUCAAAUAUACCUCGAAAAAAAAAAACAAGUUUAACGCAGAAAAAACCAUAUGGGUACCAUAUAAAACACCCUGCUAACUUUCAUAUAUAAAUUUUCAUGACAGCGAGUUCAGAAGCCAUUUCAGAUCACAACAUUUCGAGGUAUAUUCUUUGACCAAUAAUUCCAUUUUACCAAGACAUCAGCCCUUGAAAAGGUAUCCUGGGUCAGUUACAGUGUGAAAUGACAAAAAAAUGGUAUUUUUUUGCUUUUUUCAUAUUUAAUCCAUACGAGUCGCCAAGUUCAGUUGCAGACAUGCAAGAAAUCGUAAAGAAAUGGUCAAUUAAUGCACCUAAAAAGUAUUAAAUAGUAAUUAGCAAUUAGUAUAACUCAUGCGCUAUCUUAUUUAUUUGGUUCAAGACGUAAUUAGAGCAAGUAUGAGUCAAUAAUUAAUUAGUCAUUGAUAACAUUUGCCUCUAUGUUAACAUGAAAUAACUUUUCGUUAAACUCAAAUCGAUUAGUUAAGCCCAAAAUCGUAUUACCUUAAAAAUUGCAUGUAUUUAAAUGUUUUAAAUUAAUUCAAAUCCAACCGUUGGAGUAGUAACAUCAAAUACCAUCACGAAAUUGAUUUUUGAAAUAUUAUUAUUUUUUCAAUAGGAAAUUUUCUGGACUUCUUAGUAAAUAGACGUUGUGCGCUAUGAUGAAAUUUUCCGUUUUAAUCAUGAUAAUUGCAAGUGGUGCAUUGGCAGCUAGUGAUCCAAGCAAUGGCUGUAAUCUGAUUAAAGCUUUAAAAUUUGAAAAUGAGGCUAAGGCCAUACGUCUUCUUGAAGAGGGAGCAAAUGCAACUUAUGUGGACCAUAAUGGACGUCUUCCAAUGCAUUUGGCUGCUUUAUACGGCUAUGAAAAAGUGUUUCAUUUUCUUAUGGAAAACGGCUAUAAAUAUCAAAUUCAUGAAAAAGAUAAUUUUAAUGCAGGCAUUCCACUGAUGACAGCUGUCCGCGGAGAACAACAUAGAAUGGCGGAUUUAUUAAUACAGAGUGGAAGCGAUGUGAACACAGAAGAAAUGACAAACGUUGGAUGGAAUCCGCUUCGAAUGGCCGCAAAAGAUGGCGAUGUAAAAAUGAUCGAAUUACUCCUUGAAAAUGGUGCUGAUCUAUAUUCCACAAACGAUUUUGGAUUUACGGCACUAGAACUUGCUGAAUUAAAUAACCAUUCAAGUGCUGUAUACAUUCUUCAAGAGGCGGAAAGAAAGUCAGUAGCCCGAAAAAAAGAAUUGCCGAAAAAUAGCUGCAAUUUCUAACUGUUUUGUGGCAAAAUCCAUAUUCAUAUAACUAGGUUUUAUUGAUAUGUUAUGUCUGUAAGUAAAGGUUUAUUUUCCAUGAUGAAACCAAAUAAGUGGACUAAAAUGAGAAAAAUAGUCUUGUGACCAUAUUUUUGCACUCUUCGAGUAUUCUAUAAAUAGAAAAUGUGAAAAUCAUUGUGCUGUUAAAAAGAUCUGAAAAUACAAAAAAUAAAGCAACAAAUCCAAAAAUUAUAUUUUGAAACUUGA